AUGCUUGCCUUAAAGAAUUGUAUAUUUCUGCCGUUUUUGAUCGUAACCGCUCAACGAAGUCAAUUUGACGUGAAUUGUCCACGGUUAUGUCAUUGUAACAAGACUACAGUGGAAUGUCACCAUACAAAAAUCCAAGGUAGUGAAAUGUUGAAUAUACGUCCGGAAGCAUAUCCGGAUUUGGAUACAAUCACAGUUACUGGCAAUAUCAUUGGAGAUCUGGCUGGAUGGAAUAUUUUCGGUGUUAAUGUUACUCAUCGCUAUGUUUCCUUAGUUAAUUUAUCUGACAAUGCUAUUACUGCCAUCGAUUCAUAUACCUUUCGUGGCUUACCUGCGGUCGAGUAUUUCUACUUGCACGAUAAUGCAAUCGAACGAAUUGGUGCAGAUCCUUUCCGAUGGAAUGUACGUUUACGAGUGUUGGAUAUAUCGAAAUUUUUCUCAUCAUCAAUAUUACUUAAUGAACGACCACACUUGCUGGCUAAUAUAUUUGCUGGCUCUGUAAAUGAAUUCAAUGAUUUACAGGAACUAAUUGUACGUAAUAAUGCUCUGACUGAAAUAUUACCUGAUACAUUCUGCAAGUUGAAUGGCUUGAUUCGAUUACAUUUAUCUGGUAAUAAAAUGAAAAAAUUCAAUGUUAAAUCAGAUUGCUUACAAAACCUUAUCGUGUUGGAUCUCUCCGGAAAUGAACUAUCAACAUUAUCCAUUCAUCUCUGGAAGAUUCUUCCUAGUUUGACAACGGUCGAUAUUUCUUCAAACCCUCUGAACUGUAAUUGCGAUAUUAUGCCAGCAAUUAAAGAACUAUCAAGAAGUGCUACAUCUUCCAUUAAUCAGGGUUAUGCGAUCUGUGCUACGCCAGAAUCACAUAAAGGUCAAAAUAUCUUCCAAAUUUCGGAUUUUGAAUGCAAAACGAAUCAUCGAUUUAUAUAUUGGGUUUCAUUUGUUUUAUUACUCUUUACAGCUAUGAUUUUUUGUCGUAUUUAUCGUAAUCGUAUCAAAUUUCGGAAUUUACCACUUAUUGCUGGUUACAGUAAGCUUGGAGAAGAGAAUGAACAAUUUGCUAGUAGUCCACAGUUUGUGUAA